CAGUACCUCAAAAAUUAUCUGAACCUUGACUCAUCUCUUGAAUCCUCAUUUCACCCAUACCAUCCUCCAAUGGCUUUUAACCUCACAAAUAUCCAUGUACACAAUCUGACGGGAAUGGUCGUGACGACCGACAAACACGCAUUCGGCAGUGGAAACUUCGCAGAUGUUUGGAAGGGAAUUUACACCGUGCGAGGUCAUCAAUAUACCGUAGCUGUGAAGAUCUUGAGACCAUCACUUCUGUCAGACAGGCAUCUUGUGGACAAAACCAUACGGAAAAUUUUGCGAGAGGCAAAACUUUGGAGCACGCUGAAUCAUCCCAACGUGGCUCGAUUUAUCGGUGUGUACUAUCAAGAUGUACGGGGGUAUUCUAUCCCUCGUCUAGUGUCAGUGUUUUAUAAGAACAGAACACUGAAAGACUGUCUGGUACAUAUGCACAAUGACCAGAGAUUGAAACUUCUUCGCCAAUUUUUUUCUGGAUUAGAAUAUCUGCACUACAGAAGAGUCAUCCAUGGAGAUCUCAAACCUACAAAUGUUCUCAUUGACGACUCUUGGAAUGCAGUUUUGACGGACUUUGGCCUUUCCCGUGUCAUCAAAGCUUCUGGUUUCACGACGACUAAUGUAAAAGCGGUUGGCACGUUCCGUUACAUGGCACCAGAGUUGAUGAAUCCCGUGAACACCACUUCGGCAACAGCACCGCUACCCACCGUGCAAUCGGACAUCUGGUCGGCAGGUAUGACGGGUCUAGAGAUUUUAUCUGGCAAUGUGCCGUACGCCGAUCAGAAGGGAUAUGGCGAGCUCAUCUAUUGUAUCUGUAGAGGGAAAAUACCCAACAGGAAUCUUUACCUUCGUGUGUCAAGAGGUAUGUGGUCAAUGCUGACGGAUUGCUGGAAAAACGAUGGGAUGCGACCGGCUGUAUCCGAAUUGAAAGGGUACUUGGAUCGCAUCUAUCCUGGUUUGCAGUAAGCUACCUAGUGAAACUGUCACAUAUGUAGAUACAGAACGUU